UGACGUUUUGUAACCCUCUAAUUUACAGAGUUUAGGUUUAUUUUUGUUGGUUGUCUCUGUGUCUUCAUACUACGUUUAUUUCGUGAAUUUUAUGUACAAUCUGAUAAUUUAAUGGAAACAGGAGAAAAAUCAUUGGAAAGUGAAGGUGGUGUUUGCAGUGGAGACAGUGAUGUAACUGCUGUCAAAAAUGUGAAUCCAGGCCCUAUGGGAAUAGAUAUGACAGAGGUUUUGACGGAUGCAGGCAUUUACUCCUAUGCGGCGAUAUGUGCCUUAUCGUUACAUGAACUUUUUGACAAUUGGUGGGAUCAGGCAUUUAAUCAAAAAUGCAUGAAAACCAUACUGGAACACUUGAAACUUCCCAAACAGGUAGAAUCUGUGAUGAUAUUAAUGAUUGAGGGGAAAUGCAGUCAAAAAGCAGAUGCAUAUGUGGACCUGCUUCUUAAUGAAGAACAAUUACAUGGAAAUGCCCUGCCAGUUGUUCAAGAUCUUAUCGUGCUUGCAGUUAGGGGAGGGGAAUAUGAUGCAAGGAUGCGUGUUCUUAUUCGUCAUGUUGCUGCUGAGCUUAUGGUUCCCCAACAGAUUGUUGAUGAGUGUGAGGAAGCUGUUGUCGAGUGCUUUACUGAAGAGUUCAGAGGAAUGUCUGAGGAACAGGUGGAAGAAGCGAAACAACGACAUCAGAGUAAGAAAUAUAAACGUUACAUGAUGAUAGGCUUGGCAACAAUUGGUGGUGGUACACUACUUGGAUUGAGUGGAGGUCUGGCAGCACCACUUAUUGGAGCAGGUGUUGGAACAAUUCUUGGGGGUGCAAGUGCGGCAGCCAUUGGGUCAGCAGCAGGGGCAGCUGUCAUUGGGUCUCUUUUUGGACUAGCAGGAGCAGGACUUACAGGUUUCAAGAUGAAAAAACGAGUAGGUGAAAUAGAAGAAUUUGCGUUUGGUGUCUUACCUCCGACAAGUGAAUCUGAAACACAGGUCAGACAACUUCAUAUUACCAUAGCGAUAUCUGGAUGGCUGACAGACUUAGAAUCUGACAACUUCACUCGGCCAUGGCAAUCCUUGUUUUGCUCUCGAGAGCAAUAUUAUCUCAGAUAUGAAUCAUCAUACCUGCUGGAGCUGGGUCAGGCCUUAGAUUACAUCCUCAGUUUUGCUGUUUCAAUGGCAGCACAAGAAGCCCUCAAAUACACAGUACUCUCUGGUAUUAUAACAGCAAUUACAUGGCCAGCAUCAUUAGUGACUUUGGCAUCAGUUAUUGACAAUCCAUGGGGUGUGUGUUGCCGGCGCUCUGCUGAAGUGGGCAAACAACUGGCCGAAGUGCUGCUAUCACAUGAACAAGGCCAGAGGCCUGUUACACUAAUUGGAUACAGUCUGGGAGCCAGAGUUAUAUAUUAUUGUCUUCGGGAAAUGUCCGGGAGAAAAGGAUGUGAAGGAAUUGUGCAGGAUGCCAUAAUGCUUGGAACACCGGCAACAGACAAUCCAAAGGAAUGGAAGAAACUGUCAAGAGUAGUUUCAGGGAAAAUUAUAAAUGGGUACUGCAAGACAGACUGGCUGCUGAAGUUUUUGUAUAGAACUUUUGCAGUUUUUAACAGUGUUGCGGGGCUGAAACCUAUUGAGUGUGAUGAUAGAAGAAUACAAAAUUUUGAUUUAACAGAUAUUGUUGGAGGGCACAGAGACUAUCCAGACAAACUAGAUGCAAUUCUGAAAGCCAUAGGCAUUCGUACAAAGGAAGUGGAUCCAGACACAGUCUCUGCAUUAAAGAAAUCUUCAUCUGAAAUUGCAUACGGCCCUCCAACAAAGGUAUCACUAUCAAGCCUGAGAUCCUCAAAGUCUGAAAAUGCACUCCAAAUCGAAAAUCCAGAGGAUGUUUCUUCUGUGUUGGAAAAUGCAGCUGCCAAGUGUUCAUUCUGUUCAGAAGCAACUGAGGAUUAUGUAGAAGGUACUGAAGAUAAUCAGGAGAUGCCAGUAAAUGAAUCAUCACAGGUGGAGAGUAUGUCACAUUCUGCUCCAACUACAGCUGCUGCCCAGUGUGAACUUCCAACUGAACAACAUGUAGGUGAAUUAUCUAAGGAAUUCCCAGAGCGUGCAUCGGGUAACAAGGAAUUCCCAGAGCCUACAUCAGGCAACAAAUGUGAGGCUGGGAAGAAAACAGAAGGAGAACACAGUCAUGCUGCUACACAGUAAAAAAUAAUUAUUAAUGGAAAAUAAACAGGCUGGAUUUGGAUGUGAUAAUUAAAAUGCAACCAGCUUACAUUGAGGAAAUGUCACAUAGCAGCAUGAUACUGCAGGCACAAGAAACAGAGAGAAUACAAUGCAUUUAAUUUUUAAUAAGUUAUAUUACCUCAAUUUUGAGUAUGUAAAUUUCUUGGCCAUAAAUAAUGUAUUAAGUGUAUAUAAUAAUAUUGUUGAAACAGUUAACAGAUAAUAGGAUGUAUAAUUUACAAAAGGUUUGCUGUGCAUGAGAAUUGAGACAAUAUUGUCUUCUUUUCUUCUUCCCACUUGUCAGUAUUCAUUAUUUAUUUCUGUGAAUCAGUUCUGUUCAUAUGGUGUUCGUAUGGUACUUUUACUUAAUAUGUUAAUUAUUUCAGAUUUUUAAAAAUCACACUGUACUUUAAUUUACACAAAUUUGUUCUGAAUUAUUCAUUUAUAUGCAUAUUCAUACGUUUAAGACAGGGGAAACAUUCCUAACAUACUGUAGCUUGUAUUACUUUUAAUCAAAGUAAUCAAUAACAGAAAUUCCUAGGUAUUUCAAGUGGAAUGCUGUGAAUGUCUGUCUACAUUCCAAAUUCAAAUGACAGUGCAGACAAAAGUGUAGAAAAGCCAGAUCAGUAACAUAUUUUGAAACUUAGGGCUUUGGUAAUGCUAUGAAAAUACCAGAAGAAUUUGCAGUUCACUGUAAUUGUUUUAAAUCAGUAUACAAAAUUUUUAAAAAAAUAUAUAAUCUAAAGCCUUGCAUUUGCUAAGUUAUAUGUGUAAAGGGAAAAAAAAUUGUUGCCGUUGUUACAUCUGCUGCUGUGAUCAGCCUUCAACCUUCCAUUUGAUUCCUUCAUGUGCCAUCUCCUAAUUUUGAUGUAUUAUGGCACUUCACUUUUUCAUAAUCAUCUUGAAUCUUUUCACUUAAAUCAUUUUCAUAUUUUUCCAUUCCACCAUUCCUACUAGUGUAAGAUGGCAUAGCAGAGACAUUUCUAAACAUGUCUCCUUUUCUACUUUGUCUGCAGUCUGCAUGACUCUUUAUAGGGCCAUUUUAUUUCCGUCUUUCUCUGAAUAAACAUGUUUUGUUCAGUUACAUUAUAAAUUCUAGUGGCAAGAUCUGUCCUCCAGUCUUCAUGACAUCAUUAAAUUCAAAUCUGCAUUCACCCAACCGUUCAGUGGUUGUUUAAUUCAUACAACACAUUAGCUUUUGUAGCAAUUUGAGUAUUCAUUAAUGCUCAGUAGAUUGGCAAAAUUAAUGCAGAUUUUAUAGCAAAAAGUGCCUCAUACAGCAUGUUAUAAUUUUUGCAACAUGUUCAUGUAAAUGUAAUUGCCAUAGAGAGUUCAAAAGCUAUAUCGUUUCUGCAAGCUGUUUUUUUUUUAGAGAGAGGGUACUUUUUUCUCAUUCUCGAUUUCUUGCAUGAAAUUUCAUUUGUAACACAUGUACUGAUUCAUUAGGAUGCAGAAAUGGAAGCUAAUUGAAGUACUGAAGACCACAAUCCUGGUUGUGUGUAUUGUUGAAUGUUUGUAAUCCUGAUGUGAGCAUGUGUACAUUAUUAUGUUAUAUUUUUAAAAAAAUCGGAAGUCACAAGAGUGUUAAACAAUGCUGUCCACUGUUAUGAAAGACUUUAGAAGGUAUUUUGUUAUAUCAAAUAGCACUACUAUUUUCUCAAUUUCUCAAAUUUUUACAUGUAGUGAAUGUAAAGAAAAAUUAUUU